CUGAUCUGAAUCCACAGAUUCCUCGCUUCACGUCGCACCUACCAUGGCUGUGACACAGCUUGGGCGAUGCUUGCAGUGGUUUUGUGCAGCAGCUUGUGCAGCAGCAUGCCUGGUGUGGUUCUCCUUUUUGUAUGCCAACUGGCCAGUGGUUCUCUCAGAUGAUGCUCACGUUUGCCCCGAUGGGUCUACCCUUGGAGCUAUUGAGACGUGUAUCAACUACACAAGUAUUGAAGGCGGUCCUUCUGCUUAUGGUGCUUGCUUUGCGGGAAACAUCAAGUUUCCCUGCGGCUGUGUGGAUGGCUUCACCCCAUACACAACGAAGUUCUAUUUGUGGAGUGACUACGUUCAUUUUAGGUGUUGCUCAGGCGGGGAUGGAACCAGCGCACAGUGCGGGGAUCUUGCUCACAAAGAUGUUACUGGUGGGGUCCUGCUUGGUGCUGGCUUAGUUGGCUUCAGUGUUUGCACCUAUUUUCUUCGCAGCUCCUCCACCAGAAUACCACUGCUCACUGCGGAUGACAAGUUCGUUGAGAAUCCUCGGAGCCAACUAGAUGGACCCAAGCUUCACCAGAUGGUGGAGAUGCAAAAGUGGGGUGUGACCAAGGACGACUUGCAUCAGUUCCGAAGGCUGGUGAUGAACGCCAUCCUCGAGCAGCGCAUCUUACCCACCGAGCGGGACCCGUUUGAUCCAAAUGACUUCACCAAAGGACCUUCGAUGUACACUGUGAAUGAGCAGUAUAUCAAGCCAGUGACCCAUCAAGCUGGUGAUGCAAGUUGGUCUCUCAUGAAGCAUCCUGAAGGGAUGGAGGUGAACCUGUUCAUCACUCAUGGCUGGGCAGAAGGGAUCUUUGAGUUUGUGGACAAGGUCAUCAGCUCGUGGCCAAGUAGAGCAACGGCGGCCUACGUGUGUUUUCUGUCCAAUCCGCAAAAUUUGGACAUCGGAGAGCUGAUUGCAAGUCCUCAGGACUCGCCAUUUGCCAAGUGCCUUCGGAAUUCGCGACAGAUGCUGGUGAUCCCCAAUGCGAAGGGGAGUAUCUACACUCGCAUUUGGUGCGUCUAUGAGGCCUUCCUGGCAUAUAGUUGGGGGAAGCCCAUUAAAACCGCCCGGGCACCGGUGCCUCACUAUUGGCUACAGUUGCUGCGUGUGGCUUGUGCCUGCAUGACGAAUACCGGUGCAUCUGUGUUUAUUGUGAGCUCAUUCCCGCCAUUGUCCAAUUUCACGGGUGUUUUAGCUACGAUUACCCUGGUAGCACUUGCUCUUGACACCUUCUUAGUGACCUACCUGUUUAAAACAAAUCGUCACACGAGCCGAGUCUUGCAAGUGAGCAUCAUUUUGUGGGGCGCCCUCUUUGGGUUUGCAAGGGCCGUAGACUCCUACGGGAAGUCGUUCAAGAGGUCUAACAAUGUCCUCUUCUUCACUCUGGUUCCUUUCAUCGCCGCUGGGUUGGAGGCAGAUCGACUCUUGGCAGUGGAAGGUAGCAAGCAGUCCAAGCUGCUGAGGGAAGGCUUUCGGGGAAUUCGGCACGCACAAAGUGCGAAUCCAGCUGAUCAGGAGCGAAUCAUGUCGGAGAUAGAAUCAGGAAAGUGCGAAGAUGCUGUAGAUGCUGCAGUGUCUGUACUUCUGGACAUGAACUUUUCCAAGCCAGAGCUGCAAGGUGUCGUUGUUCGUGCCGGUUCUUUGGGAGAUAUCUCUACUUGGAGUCGGUCCAUGUUUGCACUGAGCCUCCUUUGGUGGAUUGUCAAUCCAAACCAGAUCUACCUUGGCAGGGUGAUUGAGGUCUAUGAUCAGCCCUCGGUUGGACCUGAAGUCUUUCGAUACAUUUUGUUUGCUUUAGCUGCUUUUGAAAGUCUCAGCUUUUUGAUAUUAUUCCUUCUGAUGCCAACAGAGAGAAAAUCAUUUGCUGAGAAAACUGAAGUUCUGAUCAUUCCAUUUGCUACUACGUCUUUGUUGGGUUUGUGGAAGGGACUUUCCUAUGAGAUUGGCUACACCUUCGUCCUGAACCCAAUCAUCAUCGCUCUUUCGCUGGCGGGGCCUGCACGCGUGGUUCGGAUUCCUCGCAUUGGCCCGGUCCUUCUGCGAAGCCUUUUCGGACGGAACCCCUUCAGAUCUGGGGAAAAGAAGAUCGUUGAGAUCGUUGAGGACGCACACCCUGAUGGCCGCGAUCAAGUAUGUAGUGAUGAACGUAAAACCAGCGAUGAUGUCGAAAUGAAAGAAAUUCACUUCUGCAUUGAACAGCAGAUUCAGGAGACGUCGCCAACUUUUUCUCUUUGAAUCAACCCUGUGGCCCUUGCAACCGAAAAUCAAUUAUCCGAAAUAUUCCGAAAUUAAUUAGAUGUUGAAAUAUUGUAAUUGAUUUAAAAUAGAUAAAUAUAUUUUUUUUAAUAUAUAUAUAUAUUCAAUAUUAUUUUUAUAUUAAUUUAUAAAUAAAUAUAUUCAAUAAAAAUGCAUAUAUUUGUUAUAAUAUAUAUAUAUAUAUUAAUUAAUAAUUGGAAAUUAAAAUAUAAUGAAUUAAUGAUUAUUUUAAAUUAAUUGGUUUUAAGAUUUUAUAGAAUGGACUAACGUCCGGGUGUCGUCGAUUUCGAUUUGGAGCAAUUGAAAUAAAGAUAUUUACGGAAUAAAUAGGAUGUAUUGUGUAUAUAUAUUGUUUUUGUCUUAUUUGUUUGGGAA